GCUCCGCGGCCUCGGCCCCUCGGCACCCCGCCUCCGCCCCUCGGACUCCCGCCCCUCCGCCUCGCCCCCUCCUGCCCCGGUGCGGGUCAUUUCGCAACUGCUCGCCGCGUGCCCGGCUGCUUUUCCAUUUCCCGGCCCGUCUUCGAGAGUACUUUCCCCGCUGCGUGGGAGAGGGGCUGGACGAGGGGCGGCGGAGCGUCCAGAGGAGAGGAGGAAGCGAGGCCCGCAGGAGGAGGAGGAGGAGGAGGAGGAGGAUCGGCGAGCGUGGGCAAGAGACCCCACGCCACCCUUUCUGGCCAUCUCCCCUCCCGCCCCGCCCCUGCGCACACUCCCUCGCGGGCGAGCUACUCUCGGACGAGGAAAGUGAGGACGGCCCUGGGUGACAGCGCCACGGGGCCAGUCCCGGGGUUCGCCGCGCGCCUGCUCGCUGCCCGGCCGUCGCGCUCCCAGCCAGGGCACGGCCCAGACCAGGAUGGCUUCGACCGCAACCUGCACCAGGUUCACGGACGAGUACCAGCUCUUCGAGGAGCUCGGAAAGGGGGCAUUCUCAGUGGUGAGAAGAUGUAUGAAAAUUCCUACUGGACAAGAAUAUGCUGCCAAAAUUAUCAACACCAAAAAGCUUUCUGCUAGGGAUCAUCAGAAACUGGAAAGGGAAGCUAGAAUCUGCCGUCUUUUGAAGCACCCCAAUAUUGUGCGACUUCAUGACAGCAUAUCAGAAGAAGGCUUUCAUUACUUGGUGUUUGAUUUAGUUACUGGAGGUGAACUGUUUGAAGACAUAGUGGCAAGAGAAUAUUAUAGUGAAGCUGAUGCCAGUCAUUGCAUUCAGCAGAUCCUGGAGGCUGUGCUACACUGCCAUCAGAUGGGCGUAGUCCAUCGGGACCUGAAGCCUGAGAAUUUGCUUUUAGCUAGCAAAUCCAAGGGAGCAGCUGUGAAACUGGCAGACUUUGGCUUAGCCAUAGAAGUUCAAGGCGACCAGCAGGCGUGGUUUGGUUUUGCUGGCACACCUGGAUAUCUUUCUCCAGAAGUUUUACGUAAAGAUCCCUAUGGAAAGCCAGUGGACAUGUGGGCAUGUGGUGUCAUUCUCUAUAUUCUAUUGGUGGGGUACCCACCCUUCUGGGACGAAGACCAACACAGACUCUAUCAGCAGAUCAAGGCUGGAGCUUAUGAUUUUCCAUCACCAGAAUGGGACACAGUGACUCCUGAAGCCAAAGACCUCAUCAAUAAAAUGCUUACAAUCAAUCCUGCCAAACGUAUCACAGCCUCAGAGGCACUGAAACACCCAUGGAUCUGUCAACGUUCUACUGUUGCUUCCAUGAUGCACAGACAGGAGACUGUAGACUGCUUGAAGAAGUUUAAUGCUAGAAGAAAAUUAAAGGGUGCCAUCUUGACAACUAUGCUGGCUACAAGGAAUUUUUCAGCAGCCAAGAGUUUGUUGAAGAAACCAGAUGGAGUAAAGAAAAGGAAGUCCAGUUCGAGUGUUCAGAUGAUGAUAAACAACAAAGCCAACGUGGUAACCAGCCCCAAAGAAAAUAUUCCUACCCCGGCGCUGGAGCCCCAAACUACUGUAAUCCACAACCCUGAUGGAAACAAGGAGUCAACUGAGAGUUCAAAUACAACAAUUGAAGAUGAAGAUGUAAAAGCACGAAAGCAAGAGAUUAUCAAAGUCACUGAACAACUGAUCGAAGCUAUCAACAAUGGGGACUUUGAAGCUUACACAAAAAUCUGUGACCCAGGCCUUACUGCUUUUGAACCUGAAGCUUUGGGUAAUUUAGUGGAAGGGAUGGACUUUCACCGAUUCUACUUUGAAAAUGCUUUGUCCAAAAGCAAUAAACCAAUCCACACUAUUAUCCUGAACCCUCAUGUACAUCUGGUGGGAGACGAUGCUGCCUGCAUAGCAUAUAUUAGGCUCACGCAGUACAUGGAUGGCAGUGGAAUGCCAAAGACAAUGCAGUCAGAAGAGACCCGUGUGUGGCACCGCCGGGAUGGAAAGUGGCAGAAUGUUCAUUUUCAUCGCUCGGGAUCACCAACAGUACCCAUCAAGCCACCCUGUAUUCCAAAUGGGAAAGAAAACUUCUCAGGAGGCACCUCUUUGUGGCAAAACAUCUAAGGCCUGAAAACCCUUCCCAUAUGGGUCUUCUAAAUAUCAACAGUGCCACUUCUGCAUUCUCUGUUCUCAAGGCACCCGGAUGGUGACCCUGGGCCGUCCUCUCCUCCUCUUCAUGCAUGUUUCCGAGUGCAUGAAGUUGUGAAGGUCCUACGUGUAAUGCAUAUGUGAUGCAUCAUCUUAUCAUAGAUUCCUUCCUAUACAUUGUUUACAGUUCAACUAUGGGGAUGUUCCAUGCAAACUUAAAUUACUGUUGGCAAACAAUAGGGGGAGGUCAGACAAAAAAAUUCCACAAUAUUCCAAGUUCAACUAUUCAUCAAGUUUCUCUGUUUAUGCCAAGAUUUAACAGACUUAACAACUAUUGUUCUCUGAAUGACAGUUUGUAAGAGAAAUGUAAAUUUUUUAGAACUCUUUGCUGUUAAUCUGUUUGGGCUUGGUUUUUGCUUUGUUUUUGUUUUUUAAGGCAAAAAAUAUAUCUUCAGUUUCCUGGUGUGAUCCUGGUUGAAAUGGAUGAUUUUUCAUUGAAAGCUUUGCUGCUUAACAAGUAAAGUGGUUUGAUAUGUGGGUAAAAUCACUUAUGAAUUUAGAAGCAAGAAUCAGUUGGUUUGCUGCCAUCUAAAGCCAUGCUGUUUUUAGUCAACUGCGCAAACUGGAAAAAUUCACAUCAUUUAAUCACUUUAGGACAUAUUCAAAGUGUUUUGGUGAAUUUGCUGGAUUGAAUUUUUUUUCCUUUCUUAAAUCUGUGCUGUUUUCUUUAUCCUAUUUCUUUGUUUCUUUUGUUGGCUUCCUUUUUAAAUUUUUCUUUUGUUCCAUUAUUUUCCUACUUAUUUUUCUUUUCUUUUUUGGGUGAGUAGUAGUGUGUGAGAAAAGAAUGGAAGUGGAAUUUGCAUAAUUAAGGUAAAAUAGAAAUCAAGGUCUUUUGGAGGUAGCUAAACUAGCACUUUUGAUCAUUUUAAGGGCCCACAAAAAUGUCAAGAUUUAGAGGUUUUAAAUUUUGCUUAGGCUCUCUUUGGACUUAGGUAUCGUAUGUUGGAGAUAUUCAAAUUGUUUGAACUUAUGAUAAAAGCAAGUAGGUUCCUCCUGUAACUGCCAAGUUUUACUAAUUGGGACAGUUGUCAGGAGAAUUCAAAGUUGAUAGCACAGCAGGGUUUUGUGCAAAUGCACUCACUUCCGCCUUGUGGGAGGCAAGGGCCGCUCUGGCAUCAUCACUAGCUAGUUUUCUAGAUUUAGAAGACUUAUGAAUGUUUUCCACUCUCAUAAGUGUUUUGAACUUGAUCCUUGUGACUUGUGCUUUUUUAGAUUCUCUCUUGAUUGAGUCAGAGUAUCAUUAUCGUCCUCGGAGGAGUUAGGAUUUUCCAGUUUAAAACAAAAAAGAAAAGGGAAAUGUCCUGGGUUUUCUUUGUGCUUCUCAUUUUUCCAUUGUUGAUUCAAUUCCUAUGAGGCUUUUUCUCUUUCCUGAAAUACUUUAUAGUGCAUGGAAUCUCCAUCAUCGUUAUUUUAAUGAUAGUAAUUCACAGUCCUCAGAAAGCCUAUUUUUAAAGCAGAAGCAAAAAACAAAACAACAAAAACCCUCCCUCUUUUCUCUCAUGUCACCUUUCUGUGUUGAUUACUAAUCACUUUAGAUAUUACUGCUAGUGGAUGUUUUGGUAGAUGGGUUAAAGCUUUUCUGAUCAUUAUUACACAAUUUAAAACAAUAUAUAUUUAAAAUAAAUAUAUACGGUAAAUGUAUUGAGCCAUGUUAACCUGCCAAUAAGAUCUGUGAAAAAGUAAUGGCCUCAUUUUUCCCUUUUUAAUUUCUUUUACCUUUUUGUGAAGCGGCUAUACGUGGCAUACAUGUAUUUUUAAAAAAAAAUAGGUAUAGAGUGUUUUUUUUUACACUUUUAACUUAGCAUGUGGUGUUGAAAUAUUACUGUAGAUCAAGUUUGUCUUCCACACUAAGAUGUGAAGAAAUUGUGAUUUGUUCUCUCCACCACAAUUGAAUUACACAUUUAUUAUCUUCUAUCACUUUGAAACACUGCAGUUUACCAUGGGACACUGUAUAUAUUUCUUGCCAUAAUGGUAAAUGAUUGAUUGAUAUAUUUAAGAGUUAAUAAAUUUGUGAUUUCUGCUGACAA